UGUAUUUGCGCCGCGCGCCGCCAAUAGCGAAGCAGAAGCCGGGCAGCUCGUGGAGGAGGAGGAGCGGCGCCAAGAUGCGGCGUGCGCGCAGCCGGUCCAAGGUUGCUCUGGCGACUGUGUCGGCUGAGCCCCCUGCCGGCGUGGACGGGGAAGAGCAGGAGUCGGGCCGCUCCUCGUCGCCUUCGGAGGAGCGCGUGGAGCGGCUGCGGGAUCGGACGCACCAGGGCGGCCCGCGGGGGCCCGGCGCGGGCGGGAAGGGCCGGAGCCGCCGCGAGAGGGAGCAGCGCACCAACUGGACCUCCCCGUCCGGCCACGAGCGCAAGAUCGCUGCCAAGAUCCGCGCCAGCAUCGCCAAGCGCCGCCGCCAGCAGCAGAGCGGGCCCCGAUCCUCCCAGCUCCGGAGCCGCAGCAGGAGCCGGCGCCGCACCGCCACCGCCUCCCCGGGGCCAGAAGCAGCGGCAGGCCCCGACUCUGCUGCCCAGCAGCAGGUGUGCCCGUCAGGAGCAUCGGAGAGCGAGGAAGCCUCUUCACCCUGUUCUGACCAACGAUGCGCCUCCUAUCCUGUACGCAUGUUGUGGCUCCCCAACCCCCCUUGCAAUAGCUGAACCCACAUGCACACACCUAGCCCCCUCUAUGCAAUAAUACACCCCCUCAAAUAUUUCAUGGAGCAAAGGGACCUCGGUCCCCAGAGUUGGCUACUAUGCUCUAUGCAAUAAUGCAACCACACUUGAUUCCAAUACAUCCUUAGAAAUAUGGAUGGGCCCCUCAGUAUUCUACACCCAUCUUUGAGAGGCACCUGGUCAAUCCUGGUCAAUGGGGCUAAAAACAUAAGAGCCCUGCUAGAUCAGGCCAAAGGGGGCACAUCUAGUCCAGCAUCAUCAUCUCCCAGUGGCCAACCAGAUGUCCCAACGGGAAGCUGAAAAGUCAGAGCAGCAGCACACUCCCCACUUGCGAUUCUGAGAAACUAGUAUUAAGAGCCCUAUGGUCUCUGACAGUGGAGGGAGAAUAUAGGCAUUGUGGAUAGUAGCUGUCAAUAGCCUGCUUAUCCUCCGUGAAUUUGUCUGAUCCUCUUGAAGCCAUUUAAGCUGGUGGCUGCAGCUCAUAGGAAGAUAGGAAGACUGGACCAUACACUAACUGGCAGUGGCUGUCUGGAAUUUCAGGCAGGAGUUUCUCUCGCAAUGCUACCUAGAGAAGCCAGCAAGGAUUGAACCAGAGAUCUGCUUACAAGGCAAAUGCUAUACCACUGAGCAAUAAUCCUUGGGGUUUAGGCUUGGGUUUGCUGUAUCAGGUGUCCAAAGGUAGUUCCCUAUAGCUGGGACAAGUUAAUCUGAAGUAGAAUCAGCCUUCCCCAACCUACUGCAAUUGCCAGCAACUGUUAUUCAUAGGCACAGCUCAGUGAUAGAGCAUCUCCCUUGCAACUGCCUAUGUUCUGGCAUCUCCAUUGUGACUACUAGGCAUUGACUACCCUUUGUGGAUUUGAUUAAUCCUCUUUCAAAGCCAUCCAAGUUGGUGGCCAUCUCUACAUUUUGUGGUUGUGAAUUCUGUGAGUUCAGAUAUACCCAAAUGACUCAAUUGAGUCUUGGUGCAAUCGAGAAUCCUAAAUAACACCCCCUCAAAGGCCAAAUAGCUCCCCCUCCGUGGCUUUUCAAAAUUAGAAGCUCUACCAUCAAGUAGGUUCAUAGGGACAUCAUCACCUCAAUUGCCCCCCACUGGAGAGAUUUGUAAAACAUAUUCAGGGCACCAAGUUGAUGAAGGAUUCCAAUCAUAGGACUUCUCCUUCCAUGGCUCCAGAGAGGUAUCUGCAUCAUAAGUGCCCAUAGCAUCUGGGGUCAGGGUGAGAGAGAUCCUGGAUCCUGCUUCCAAAGGCCAGCCUCCAAGUAAUACCCUAUAGAACUACUGCAAAUUAGGGUUGACUGUGCCGAGCCAGGGAGCCUCUUGUCCUGACGAUUCAAGGCCCUUUUUUGUUAUCUUGCAGGUUGAAGAAAUGACCACCUACUGAGGGCUUUCCAUCACCGCUAUCCUGGAUGUCAGCUCCUCUGUAGCCAAAAACAUCUUGGGCAGAGUUUGCUGCUGUGCUGCAGAGUCCCUUCACACCACCGGGUUCUCAUCCUCCAGGGCUGUUUCGGUUCAAUAACACAAAAGUUCUCGGGCA